CCGCGGCGGGUCGGUUGAGCUGCUCGGUGACAUUAAGAGCAUCACAAAUAAACAGAAAUAAACUCCCUGCUUGUUUGUUUUUCAACCGACACUCUUCUGUUUGGAUUAAAGGGCUUUUAACGGACACUAACAGGAUGUCAGAGCAGGACAGAAGAGUUCACCCUCACUGAGAGGAGAGGAGGAGGAGGAGGAAGAGGAGGAGGAGGUUAAUGAUGGAGCGAGCUCACAGCCUCCUGCUGAACGAGGAGGCGUUCAGUCAGCUGGCCGAACAUCAGAGGGCGGAGUUCAUCUUUGAGUGGCUGAACCACCUGAAGAAGCUGCUUCCUGCCACCGACCGGACCGACCUCAAACACAACCAGCGGCGUCUGCUCGACCAGCUCUCGGGCGUUCUGAUUGGCUCUCCCGGCCCGCCGACCCGCUGGCUGCUGGCCCACUGCUUGGCCCUGCUUUACCGCCUGGGAGACCCCAUUUCUGCCUGCCUGUUUGUGGACAGGUGCAAUGACAUCAUACGCAGCAGAGACGACUCUCCGUCGGGACUCCCGACCCGACUGGCAGCCAUCGCGUGUCUCGGUGCUCUGUUUGAGCAGCUGGGUCGGAUGCUGAUCGGCACUUUUAAAGAAACUCUGACCAACCUGCUGAAGGCCAUGAAGAACGCAGAGUCUCAGGGUCGGUAUGAGAUCAUGUUGAGUUUGGAGAAGAUCCUUCAGGGUCUGGGCGUCAGCGCCGUGCCGUGUCAUCGUGACGUCUACAAGGCGGCGAGGACGUGUCUAACGGACCGAUCCAUGGCCGUACGCUGCGUCGCUGCAAAG